CAGCAGAGCUGAGGGUUUAUCCUGUGAGAGAAUGUAGCCGCAUGCGUUGAGAAGUAGUGUUUUGGAACCUGAGCCUGUCCUUUCUCCUGCUGCUCUUAAUCAAUUUCACGCCUACCUUUGCCAGAGAAGCGCACCCCCCUUUGGAAUGCAGUCCAGUUAUUUGAGGACACAGGGCUGCAUUGAUUCUGCAGCUCAAUCUAAUUAAAAGUGCAUUUCUUGGCUAAAGGAAUGGAGGUAUAUUAUGACUGUGGAGCUGUGCUGAAUCCCACGGGCAAAGACCUGAUUUUAUCUCCGGGUUUCCCCAACAACUACCUCCCUGGCUCACACUGUUUGUGGCAGAUCUUUGUGCCUGCUGGCUCUAGCAUAGUCCUGGAAACUCUGGACUUCGAUGUAUUUGAAGGUAAUGCUGAACCUUCAUACGACUAUUCUUCUGAUCCCCAUUCGCAUUCUGUCCAUAAGAGAGAUAGGCAGAAUGGUCAUAUUGAGGUUUCUUUGCCAAAUGACCUAGAAAUGAUACCAACUGCAGAACAGCAAAGUCACGCAAAUGAGGCCAUCAACCAAGCUAUUACUCCAGAGACAUGGUACAAGAGUGAUAAAGGAAUUAAACAGCUAUUAGAAUUGCAAGAUUUGACAAAAGAGCAAAACCUCCGUGGUCAAGGAUCAGACACAUCUCAGAAAGAGAGAUUGUCUACAGUUACAAAAAAUGUUGUCGAUCUUACUGAAAAUGUCAACAAACCCUUGAAUUUUCUGGCUCCAGUCACUACUACUAUGACAACCAUAUUUUUUCAACAGGUGAGUGAAGAUGCAACAUCAUCGUCCAUAAGCAUGGACACUGACUCCUUCACAACAACGCCUCCAGUACUGGAAGUGUGCCCAUUUGAUGUUCUCUAUAUCACAGACCUUGUCACUUACUCCUCUCGCUUUUGUGGAUCAAAUUCUCCCUUAAACAAAAGUUUGACCUUUGGGUCUCCUGUUGAAAUGAUUGAGGUGGUUUUGGAGCUAAUUACAACCACUAACCAUGGCCGAGGCUUUGCCAUACUUUUCUCUUACCAUAACCAGUCUUUGGUGACCACUAUGGGUGUUCAGGAGAGACGGGGCAGGGAAGGUGUUGUGCUGCUAGCUGUGAUUGCUGCUACCAUCUCGUUUGCUUUGGUUCUGCUGCUGGUGCUUUGCUUGUCUUAUAGGCAGAAGAUAUGUCCCAAGAGAGCACACAAUGACACCCAGAUGACAACACAAGUAGGUGGCAUUCAGAAUACAGCCUUGGAAGUCAAUGAGCUCCAGUUGGUGAUAGCCGAAGAUCUUCAAAACAGGGAGUUGGAAUCUACCAGUCAAGCUGCUGAUGUUUCACAUCAAACAUACCAGGAUGAACCGUCUCUGUCCACUGUCACAGUGACCGAUUCAAACAGUGAUGAAGUUUUUGUCAUCUCAUCAGGAAAUAACACAGACCAUCUCACCUUUAACACCUACCCAGUACAGGAAGGAAACUUAAAGAGGAGUGUAACCAGCCCUGCAUCUGUGUCUGACUGGCUCACUUCAGAUUGCUCUAGUGUGGGUUUAAGUAUAGAGGACAAAGCAAAUGAAGUUGAAGAUAUAGAUCCAAGCAGACAGAGGACUUGGAGUGUUCGCACAUUUAACAGUCUCCUGCCUCAGCUACAGAUGAAAUGGCUCAGCCGGACUUCUAGUGGUUCCUUUACAAAACUGGUGGACAGUGGUUGUAAUGCACAUGCUGAAAGUCUAAGCUCUAAGAAACCCAGAAGAGCCGGUUCUGCCAUACAGAUUGGGGAUUAUUCCACUCAUCUUUACUCAGAAUCUCCAGACAGUAACGCCUCCUAUCCCCUCACCCAAUCGGCACACCUCCAGAGAACACUUGCAUCGUGCAACCUGAAGAAGACCCGCCCAUACUUUGGGUUACUAAAUGAUCCUAACUGUGUUCGCUCUGACCAAAAGUCGGUUUGUCCUAAGGAGAACCAUCAUUUGUAUCAAAAAUCUGCAGCGGACUUUACAAGCUUCUCUAACACCAUAUCAGAUAAUGGAACUCGAUCCAAAGAGGAUUUGGAGGAUUUUGAGAAACCAAACCCUGUUUUUGUUAUCUGUGAAGAGGCAGAUGACCAACAGCCUUUGGUUUUUGAUGAUCAAUUGAGCCUUUCUACGGAGUGUCUGCCUAAAAAUAAUGAAAUUAGUUGCAAAGUAGCUGACUGCUCCCUGGCAUCCAGAGAAACUAGCUCUCAUUUAAGUCCAUGGAUGAAUUCAGCAGAAGUUCCCAUUUUUCAACAUGCAAAGAAAAAUGUAUCUUUGGAUUCAGCUGGGAACUUGACCAGUCAUUGUACUACUGCUGUUGGUAGACUGGAAUCUGCAGUGUGCGCACAAUUUCCAUCCCCACCAAUAGGGUUAGUUACAGAAUGACAGCUAAUAAAAAAAACCCAGCGUGUUUCUAAAGGUUGGCACACUAACACAAUUUCAAAGGAGCUAGGAACUGAUGCGACCACUACUCCGUAACCUUAAAUCUCUCUCUUUACAGACUCAAGAAUGUCUUAAAUACUUGGGACCCUUGUGUCUGAUUAUAAUAUAGUACGAGAACAGCACCAUAUCUUUUCUGGGUUUUCUUCUCCUGUUUUCUGUGAUGGUAAUAACAAAACCGUAUUCUACCGUGUUGUUGACACUGAAUUAUACUUAAUUCAUUUCCCGUUUUUUGCUGCUAGGCUUAAGCUAAUGUUUGUACCCAAACUGUUUACUUACUUGUGUAAAUCUCAAAUCUGGAGUGAUAUGCAGUCAUUCUGGAGUACCACAAUUUAACACAAAGCAAUCAAAGGGUGUUGGUCUCUAUGGCAAUAUGUCAAUUUUGCACAAAUUAAUCCUGGUGUACAUAGCACACAAUCCAUUUUUCUUGUAAUGCACAGUGGAAUAUGGAACUCUACAAAGCCACAGCUACUCAACGCACAAAGAAACAUUGUUUUGAACACUCCAGAAGCCAUGUCAAUGAGCACAGAAUGCCAUUUGUUCACUGCACAAUCAGCCUUUACCAUACACUACUGCCAUGUACAUAGCCCACUCCUCUUAAACCCCUACUUCCACAUACUAUGGAUGGGCAGUGGAUGUAUUCAAAUAGCUAUGGGUCCCAACCUAAAUUGUAGUUUAUAUUUUAAUGAACAGUGUGUAUGUAUGUAUGUGUGUGUGUAUAUAUAUAUAUAUAUAUAUAUACAAAUUAGCCAAAACACCAGUAUAAUUAAUAUCUGUUAUAUACAAGAUAAAUAGAAUUGUCAGUACAUGCAGUGUUUUGUGAUGUUUCCAUAUAGGCUGUAUUUCCAAAGGUCUGUAGAUUAGGUUUUGAGGGAAGGGGAGAGGGUAGAGAUGUAUUAAUAGACUACAUAUAAAUGAAUUAACAAUAUGGCUUAUUCGAAUACAUGGUAGUUUAAAUAAAAUAAUUUUAAAG